CUUCCACUUUCGAACAAAUACGUUUUAUUCCUUCGCUUUCUUGGCGUCUCCGGGGGAGGCCUUCACCGACAAAGCUCUCCGCGUUCCUCAAAGUUCACAGAGCCUCUUGGGUUUCCUCUCCAAGAAAGAUCUCCGUCCUGUCUGGGAGGACUUCACCUCUCUAUUAGACGCAACUGUGAGACAGAAAACCGCAGAUGAAGAACGAAAUAGGAACAUGCAAGCCACCAAUGUAGGCUUCUCUUCCCUUCGUCGCUGGACUCUCUCAAUCUCCUCUCUCUCCUUCCUCUUCUCUCUCUCCGUCUUCUCGCUUCUUCAUCUCUCUCCUUCCUCGUCUCCCUCUCCGUCUUCUCGCUUCUUCAUCUCUCUCCUUCCUCGUCUCCCUCUCCGUCUUCUUGCUUCUUCAUCUCUCUCCUUCCUCGUCUCUCUCUCCUUCUCUCUCUUCUCUCCUUCUUCUCUUGUCUUUCAACGAUGAACGCUCUCCAUUCAGAGGCCAUCCCACCGCCGCCGGAGGAUGGCCGACGAACUGCACACGGCGAGAAACUACGCUCCUCUUCCUCUUCUUCUCCUUCCUCUUCUCCUUCUUCCUCUUCUCCUUCUUCUUCCUCUUCUUCUUCCUCUUCGUCUUCUCCUUCUUCUUCCUCUUCUUCUCCAGUCCACAGUCUCGCUGUGUCGCCGGCGGAGUUGCCGGGGAUUUUGGAAGGCGACGCCUCGGGGCUUCUGCCUCCAGAGCAGGCGCAGCGCGUACGCGAGCGAGUGCGAAAAAUGUGCGGUUGGUCGAGAGACUCUUUUCCAGGUGGACAGCCUGUGAGCUUGAGCAAAAGCAACCUCACAGAAUUAUUUCGCAAUCCGUAUGUCGCUUGCGAGAAGACAGAUGGCAUUCGUUUCCUUCUGCUUGCUGCCUCGGGAUGCAUUUUCCUCAUCGGCAGAAAAGAAGAGGUGCGGAUGAUUCCCGACAAAUUUCUUCCGCGAAAAGGCCGCCUCCACGAGCCUCAGCAGUUGACGCUUUUGGACGGCGAGCUCGUCAUGGACCGUCUGCCGAACGGAGAGAGCGUCGCGCGUUACUUGAUUUACGACGCGAUUUGCAUUGAACGAGAUGAAUCAAUAAAAGAAUUAAAUCUCAUGGGGCGUCUGGCAGCAGUAGCAGAGCGCGUGGUGGCACCACUGAGAGAACUCGAGGAGGAAGAGCGCAUGCAGAGCGAAAGAAAUGAGGCGGCGAGAGAGUCGCAUGCGAACGACGGAACCGGCGAGGCGCAGCUGGCGAAGACAGGACGCACAAAAGGAAAAAACUCUCUGGAAAUCUAUCUCAAGGAUUUUUUCGAGAUCUUCGACUUGCUGCACAUUCAGCGCAUGGCGUUGCGUCUGCCUCACGAGUCCGACGGAAUUAUUUUCACUCCUGUCAACCUGCCCUACGCGACAGGCACAUGCAGGCAAUUGCUCAAGUGGAAGCCGCCGCACCUAAACACUGUCGAUUUUAGCGCCGACGCACUUUACGACGAACAAGGAGUUCCCCGCCUCUUUCAGCUCUACAUCGCCGACCAUGGUGUUCGUGUGUUCAAGGGCGAGUUCCUCGCCCCCUACGGGAAACUCUACAAGGAACUUCUUCAGAUGGCCAGUUCCACGCGCCUCAGUGGCACAAUCGUCGAGUGCUUCUGGUUCGCUUCUCCGCCAGUGUACACCUUCGUCCCCUCUCUGAGGAGCGCCGAGGACUCGCGCAGCGACAAAGAAGUCUGCAGAUGGAGAGCGUGGAACGCAGCGAAGCCUCUGUACGACGUCGAAAAUGGAACGUGGAAGGAAGGCGGCUGGGUCGCCGAGCGCAUUCGAACGGACAAAAGUCUUCCGAACUCUUUCCAAGUCAUGAAGAAGGUUCAGCAGAGUAUCGAUGACAGCAUCACGUUCCGAACGCUCCUGCGGGAGGCUGAACGGUAUCGCAUCCACGGAAAAAAGACUGUCGGCGAAGGAUGCACUUUGCCCCCUGACCACAAGAAGAAAGCGUCUUGAAAACGCCAAGUCGCUUCCGGGGAAACGCACAUUUCUCCGUGGAAGCGUUUCUUUCAUGAGCACAUCGCUCUUUUUCUCUUUCCAGACGCGUGAAGCUCGAGAUCGGGUCUGUCUCAUGGCUCCCCGUGCGGCCGCUGUAGGCCAAGUCCUUUCGCUGUCGGCACACGAACUUUGCGAUCUCGAGAGUGGAUCGUCACGCCACUGCAUGCGUGAGGCAAAGACGCCUUUGCAGCACCACACAUUGCUCUAAAUCGCUUCGUCUGCCGAGACAGCUGCCUCUCAAUCCAAAAUACCAUGCUCGCUGAAACGCGCUCACCCCUCUGUGCAAGAACUCGCGCGACCCUGCCGUCUCACACUAAUGGGAUGCUACGGAGAGACACAGUCAUAAAUUUCAC